GAUUUUCCAUAAAGUUGAUAUGUCCAAAUAUUUUUUGUAAGUGCGGUGUAGAACGUAUGUCACGGGUUAUGCAGAGCCAAAGGUUUUCACUUCUAAGAAAGAGAGGAAACAGAGAGAUUUUCCAUAAAGUUGAUAUGAAUGUUUGGUAUAAAUGUAAUUAACACUUAUCAGUUUCAUAUUUAAUUUGGAGACCCAACAAGCAGCCAUCCACAUUCAUACUAAGAUUUCUUAUCAUGGCUUCGGGAUCACCUUCCUCUUCCUCUUCCUCCAAUUACGAUGUGUUCCUCAGCUUCAGAGGGGAAGACACACGUCUUGGUUUUACUGGCCAUCUCUACAAAGCUCUUCAUGACAAGGGAAUCCGCACUUUCAUUGAUGAUGAGGAGCUUCAAAGAGGGGAGGAAAUAACACCAGCACUUAUGAAGGCAAUUCAAGAUUCCAGAGUUGCCAUCACUGUGCUCUCUGAACACUAUGCUUCUGUUAGCAUAUCAGAGGCAACAAGCAUGGCAUCAGGAAACAAAGACAUGAAGCAGAAGAAAGUACAGGAGGUGCAGAUAGCAAAGAAGCCCAAAAGAAAGGUUAGAAGGCCAACUUACUUGAAGGACUACGCGUAAGGGUAAAUUGGGAAGCAUAAUCAGCCCAGAAAUCACCAUACACUGCUUGAUUGUAGCUUGUUCCCCAUAGUUAGACAAAGAUAACCGUAUAGAAUAUUCUGUAGGCAGAAGAGUACAAAUUCUGUUAUUAGAAACUCUUAUAUAUAUAUCCAUGUAAUAAUCAAUCAGGCAUAUAUGAAUACAACUUUUCCUUGCAUAAAGACAAGAAAAUAUAUUGAUUAAGUUAAACAUA